AUGCGUGAAGUGCGUGUGGAGGAGAGUACCGCAGGUCGGGGGAAGCCUCUCCUUCAGGGACCGUGUUUUGGAGAGUUCCUGGGGAGUCAGAGUCUCACAGGCUUCAGUGGGAUACCAGCCACUACCAGAACAGCUCAAGAGGGUGUGCCAAUCCAGGUACCCAGGGGACCCAAGGAAGAUACGGCCACAGGUGACCAGUCGGGGGAGAAUGGGGCCCACACGGCACGUCAAGACCGGGGCCAGCACGUCCGGGGAGCCCCUUCCAAGUUCACCGUGGGGCCCCUGGGAGAGGUGAGGGGCACACAAGGGUCCCGGCGCCGGGGGACGGGGCUGGAAAUAGAGGAGUGGCAGGAAUGGCAGUCUGAGUUUAGUUAUCUGGAGGCAGAGCAGGCUUGGUUGCAGGAAGGUUCUGUCCAUCGCUGUAGAGGGCCCAGUAAGGCAGAGUCAGCUUUGAAACAGGAGAUGGUUGCUGCGGGUGGCCUAUGUGGUGCAGAACCAGGUGACUAUGAGGUGUCCAUUAAGUUUAAUGAUGAGCAUCCAGACAGUCCCUUCGUAGUUCCCAUCCGCCACUACCUGUCCUUGAUAACCCGCCGCCUUACAGUCACGCGAUUGAAGGAGAUGGGGUUGAAGGUGGGCCAGGAGGCGUCGUUCGCAGUGCAGUUGAACGGGGCGAGGGGGUUGAUAGAUGCUAAGGUUCACACCCCYMCCGGAGCUGUAGAGGAGUGUUACGUUACUGAGCUGGACAGCGACCAGCACGCCAUCCGGUUUAUCCCGAGGGAGAACGGAGUCCACUCCAUCGAAGUGCGUUUCAACGGGAGCCACAUUCCCGGUAGUCCCUUCAAGAUCCGCGUGGGAGAGAUCGGACAGGUCGGAGACCCGGGAAUGGUGUCUGCCUUCGGACCUGGGCUGGAAGGAGGAACUACAGGCGUGGCAUCAGACUUUGUAGUGAACACAUGUAAUGCGGGGUCGGGUGCUCUGUCAGUGACCAUCGAUGGGCCGUCCAAGGUCAAGAUGGACUGUCAGGAUAGUUCCGAGGGUUACAAGGUCACUUACACACCCAUGGCCCCCGGCAGCUAUCUCAUCACCAUCAAAUACGGGGGACCAUCCCACAUCGUAGGCAGCCCCUUCAAGGCUAAAGUCACAGGUAAGUCCGUCUCUCUGGGUCACAGUCUACAUGAAACCUGUCCUCUUGUGGAGACUGUUAACCAAGACGUCGUCAUCUCGUCGUCGAUGGGCGUGGCCUAUGGCCCUAAGUUCUCUUCGGAUGCCAGUAAGGUGGUCUCCCGGGGCGCCGGCCUAUCAACGGCCUUUGUAGAGCAGAAGAACACCUUCACAGUGGACUGCAGCAAAGCAGGAACUAACAUGUUGAUGGUGGGGGUACACGGACCCAAGACCCCGUGUGAAGAGGUCUACGUUAAACACCUGGGCAACAGGAUGUACAACGUCACCUACACCGUCAAAGAACAGGGCAACUACAUCCUCAUUGUCAAAUGGGGGGAUGAAAAUGUCCCCGGCAGCCCCUUCCAUGUCACCGUCCCCUAAAAUGGACUCAUCCAUCCCCUGUACAACCCCCUGCUGUAUCCCAGAAUGGACUCGUCCAACACCCCCACAGACACACUAAAGAUGCAAAGACUUUUUCCGUCUGUCCGGGGGGGAGUAAGUUACCCAUCAUGCAUUGUACCACAUUUCUCUGAUAACUCAUCCAGGCGACAUCACAAAAUCUGAGGUGCCAAUCAUCCUAUGUCUGCGCCGCCCCACCAACUAGCCAUCCUGUUGCUGUUUACUUUGAAUGUGAGAGAAUGUACGAAGAGGUCAAAUCAUGUUUUCUGUCUGUAUCAGCCUAUGCUAGUAUUUUCAGAGCACAAACACAGUAUGUAGUCACUACCAUGUGCUUUUUAGCUAGUCCCCCAAUGGUGUCCCACACUGCCUGUACUGGCCUGGUCAAAAUGGCUGCCUUACAUGAGGGAAGUUGGCUGUGACGUCACUGUCUGGGUCACUGACAGACAGAGAGGAGUUAUUUACCUUUAUUUAUUCAGUCCUUUUAUUUUCUUUGACAGAAAAUUGUCUUAUAUUGUUUCAAAGGAGAAGAUUUCUGUCGAUUUUAGAAAGUAUUCUCCCUCAUACCGGGCCGUCCUGUGUCAUUACGGGUGUAACCAUGGACACAGAGAUGUGGUUGGCCAAGAAUUUUGUACUGAGGAAGAGGGUAUGGCGUAGCAAUCGGUUUAUCGUGUGAAUGUUUAAUUAAGAAGUCCACAGAGAGAUGUUACAGUGGAACAGUAUCAUAGUGACAUUUUAUAGUGAUUUUAUAUGUAAGAAAAUGAACAGAAAAAAACUCUUAAUUGUUUGAUAUACUAACCUUCUGUUUUGCAAGGAUGUGCAGGCAUAAUAAAACGUUUACCUGCUGACUUACCAUUGAAAAGCAAAAAUGUGUUGUCUUUUGUCUUAAUUUAAAGUGUGUGUUUGUGUGGGUGUAUUUUUUAUUUUAUUUUUAUUUUUGCAAUUUAGUAUAUUUAGUUGUAACCAAAGGUGGUCCUUUGUAGCUCAAUUGGUAGAGCAUUGUGCUUGUAACGCCAGAGUAGUGGGUUCAAUUCCCAGGACCACCCAUACCUGUAAUGUAAGCACACAUGACUGUAAGUGAUGUUGGAUAAAUGCGCCCGCUAAAUGGCAUGCAUUGUUA